CCAGUUUAAUCCUUCGUAUGUUUCCCACUCCUUUCAGCCGCAGAGACCUGGAGAUCAACCGGCCCGGGAGCGUUCCAAACGCCAAAACGCUCCGCUGCCCAGUGAUGCUGGUGGUGGGGGACAACGCUCCGGCCGAAGACGGCGUGGUUGAAUGCAACUCCAAACUGGACCCGACUACCACCACUUUCCUGAAGAUGGCGGAUUCUGGGGGUCUCCCCCAAGUCACACAGGUGAGUCCCUCAGCUUCCUCUUCUCUUUGCGCUCCUCUCCGCUCUUGACUGUUUGGAAAA